GAGGAUCAAAGCAACCACGGCUGCCUUGGGAACCGUGCUGCCUAGACUCCGCUCUCCCUCGCUGGGCAGACUUGCUGAGCAGCUCAGUCUGGCAGCCCCCAGUUGCUUAGCGGCCAGGGAGGCUCCCGUCCUUUUCUCUUGCAGGGCUGAGGAGACCGAAGGAGGCAUCCGCAGCCGUCACACCGAAAGGUCUGCAACGCACAGGCUGAGCACAGGCCAUCAAAACCGAAUGUGAACUUGAAUUCUGUGUGGCUGAUUGCAGAGCUGGUCCCAGAUCACCGACCCCCGGUGGACAGAGAUCAGCUGUACUCUGGAGACAGUUUUCUCACGGAGGCCACCAGUUGCAGAAGCUGGAAUAAAAUAAAGGCACGCGCUUGUUCCAGAGCUCAUUCGCUACUGAGAUAGGAGGAAGGCAGAGAGCCCUCCUGCACGCCUGCAGAUUAGGCUUUUCCAAAAAGCCUGACCAUCUCGUUAUAUUCAGAUACCCGAUCAUCGUAGGUCAUGGCUAGUAUUAUUGCACGCGUGGGUAACAGCCGGCGGCAGAACUCACCCUUGCCGCCAUGGGCCCAUUCUAUGCUGAGGUCCCUGGGGAGGAGUCUUGGUCCUUUGAUAGCCAACAUGGCAGAGAGAAACAUGAAGUUGUUCUCCGGGAGGAUGGUGCCCGCCCAGGGGGAAGAAACCUUUGAAAACUGGCUGAUUCAAGUCAAUGGGGUCCUGCCAAAUUGGAAUAUGUCGGAGGAGGAAAAGCUCAAGCGCUUGCUGAAAACCCUUAGGGGCCCCGCCCGGGAGGUGAUGCGUUUGCUCCAGGCGGCCAACCCCAACCUAAGUGUGGCAGAUUUCUUGCACGCAAUGAAAUUGGUGUUUGGGGAGUCUGAAAGCAGUGUGACUGCUCAUGGUAAAUUUUUUAACACCCUGCAGGCACAAGGAGAGAAAGCCUCCCUUUACGUGAUCCGUUUAGAGGUGCAGCUCCAGAACGCUGUUCAGGCAGGGAUUAUAGCUGAGAAAGAUGCAAAUCAGACUCGCCUGCACCAACUCCUUUUAGGGGCUGAGCUGAAUGGAGGCCUGCGCUACAGGCUGAAGCAUCUUCUCAGGAUGUAUGCAAAUGAACAGGAGCGUCUUCCCAAUUUCCUGGAGUUAAUCAGAAUGAUAAGGGAGGAAGAGGAUUGGGAUGACACUUUUAUUAAAUGGAAGCGGGCCAAAAGAUCUGAGUCAAUGGUGGAGAGGGCAACCAGCCCAGUGGCAUUUCAGGGCUCCCUACCAAUAGUGAUCAGCAGUGCUGAUUGCAACGUGAUAGAGAUAGAUGAUACUCUCAAUGACUCAGAUGAGGAUGUGAUUCUGGUGGAGGCUCAGGACCCUCCACUUUCAUUCUCGGGUUCUCCCCCCAGACACAGGGCCAGACCUCGGGAUCCAGUACUAGUCAUUGAUUCCCCCCACAGUUCCCAAGCUCAACCUCCUUCCACCAGUGGGGGUUCUGGCUAUAAGAAUGAUGGUCCUGGGGAUAUGCGUAGAGCCAGGAAGAGAAAAUACACAAUCCGCUGUUCACAUUGUGGUGAGGUGGGCCACUCAAAGGAAACCUGCGACAAUGAAAGCAACAAGGCCCAGGUGUUUGAGAAUCUGAUCGUCACCCUGCAGGAGCUGACACAUACUGAGGAAGAGGGGUCAAGAGAGGCCUCUGAUGAACCCAAUGACAGUGAGGUGCUAGCCCCCAGCCUCAAAUAAACCUUAAGCUAUAUUCAGAGUCCAGCGACGGGAAAGCUGGAUGGGGUGGGGGUUGGUGCUUCUAAUUGCAUGACUUAAUCCACAAAGCGGCUUUCUUUCAGGGUGGAGGAAAAAGGGUCUUGGAUACCAGCACAGUGGAGGGAAAUGGCCUGACCUCUGUCCCUGCUCCCCCACCCCCACCCCUGCUGCCUAAGGGUCUGUUUCCUGUGUGUGCCCAUUUCCUUGUCGACUUUAUUCUCUUUGUGAAAGUGGUAUAUUUCAUUGUUAAAUCUUCAAACAAUAAAGUACAAAAAAGUAAAGUACAAGUUAUCCCAAACUCUCUACCCUUAUAUAACCAUUGUCAACCCUUUGGUGAAUGUCCUUCUAGAUAUUUCCCUAUACUUAUAUACCCAGACAGAUAUAUGUACAAAGAAAAGUGAUCAAAUAUAAGUGCUGUUCUAUAGUCUGUAUUUUUUCACUAAACAACAUAUGUUGUAGACUUCUUUCUAUGUCAAUAAAUAUAUAACAGCA